CGGAUUGCACGCAAGCCCCACUUUGACAAAAUUCUCAUCGCGAACAGAGGAGAGAUUGCAUGUCGCGUCAUUCGUACAGCUAAGAAGCUGGGCAUCAAGACUGUGGCGGUUUAUAGCGACGUGGACAAGGAUUCACUUCAUGUACAAAUGGCGGACGAGGCGUACAAUAUCGGUCCCGCCCCCUCUGCUGAGAGCUACCUAAGAAUGGACAAGAUAAUAGAUAUCUGUCGUCGUAGCGGCGCGCAGGCUGUUCAUCCAGGGUAUGGAUUUUUGAGCGAAAAUGCGACCUUUUCGGAACGUCUCGCAGAGGCGGGGAUUGUUUUCAUUGGACCUCCCGCAAGCGCCAUUGUCAGCAUGGGCUCGAAGAGUGAAUCCAAGAAUAUCAUGUCGAGUGCUGGAGUACCAUGUGUUCCUGGCUAUCAUGGGGAGAAUCAGGAUGCAACCUUUUUGUUUGAGCAGGCUCAACAGAUAGGUUUUCCUGUGCUUAUCAAAGCUAUCCAUGGAGGAGGAGGCAAAGGUAUGAGGGCCGUGACGACGCCCACCGUUUCUGCGUUCAACGAAGCGCUUCUGUCUGCACAACGAGAAUCUCUCAAAGCGUUUGGGAAUGACACCGUACUUGUUGAAAAGUACAUUGAGCGACCUAGACAUGUGGAAGUCCAGGUUUUCGCGGAUAGCCUGGGCGGUGUCGUAAGUCUCUGGGAACGUGACUGUUCUGUUCAGAGACGAAACCAGAAGAUUAUUGAGGAGGCCCCUGCACCUGGUCUCUCUCCUGAACUCCGUGCGGACCUUAGUGCCAAAGCCAUAGCUGCUGCACGCGCCGUCAAUUAUGUCGGUGCAGGAACCGUUGAGUUCAUUUUCGACAAUGAUACCCAGAGGUUUUAUUUUAUGGAGAUGAAUACCCGUUUACAAGUUGAACAUCCUGUCACUGAAAUGGUUACAGGUCUUGAUCUCGUCGAAUGGCAAUUAGAGGUUGCAUCUGGGAAUCCUCUUCCGCUCGCUCAAGAAUGUAUUCCUCUCGUUGGUCAUGCGUUCGAAGCGCGCAUAUAUGCCGAGAACCCACGAAACAACUUCCUUCCAGACUCUGGAUCUCUUCUCUACCUCUCAACGCCCACGCCAACACACAUCUUCGCCCCUCCAAUUGAGCAAGGCUUCACACAGGGGGCUCUGAUAGGAGUUUUCUACGACCCCAUGAUUGCGAAAGUAGUUGUUCAUGGAAGAGACAGGACGGAGGCUCUGCGCAUGUUGCGCAAGGCAUUGGAUGAGUACCACGUCGUUGGUGUAUCCACCAAUGUAGAAUUUUUAAGAACGUUGGCAGGCAAUAAAUCCUUUAUCAACGGGGAAGUCGAGACGGGGUUCAUUCCUAAACACUUUGACGAACUAUUCCCACCAGUAGAGGAGCCGAGUCCUGAAAUCCUUGCGCAAGCCGCUCUUUUUGUUGCACUCCGAGACCAUUCAAGUUCAAUUGGGUCAACCACACAAAUUUCGCCCUGGACGUCGCUCACCUCGCGUCGAUUUGGAGGGGACAAAUACGAACGUGUUGUCACUCUACAGGCUGAGAACACGACCGAUCAACAGGUGUUCUCUAAUGUACCAGCUACGUUAUCCUCGCCAACCACAAUUUCCACACAGCUAGACGCGAACUACUCUCAAACGACCAUCGUCUCUCAAUCUCCGCCAGCAGCACUCCCUGCUUCAUCGUCGCCCAACACCAUGGAGCGCCUUCAUGUGUUUAGCGAUGGACACAAAACGACGCUUGUUUUGCCUUCGCCGAAUUGGUUACUGUCCCUCGGUGGGGAUCUCUUGAAAGCAACUAAGGGAGCCCUGAAAGCGCCAAUGCCCAGCCUGGUGGUUGAUGUGCGAGUGAAGCUCGGCGACCGCGUCGAGAAAGGGCAGGCUAUCAUUGUAUUGGAGAGCAUGAAGACAGAGACCGUGCUUCGUGCCGAUGCAGCAGGGGUGGUGAAAGCAGUUGGGUGCAAGAACGGCGAAAUGGUGGAGGAGGGUCGGGAGUUGGUUGAAAUCGAAGCGGAUGAAGUGGAGCCGCCGUUGCCCUGA